AUCCAUCCAUCCACACGAUCCAUCGGCAGCCAUGAGCCACACAGUGCGUUCUGGGGUUACGGUGCGUGUUCCCGCGACAACGGCCAACAUGGGGCCAGGCUACGACAGUCUCGGCAUGGCCCUCGAUCUCUGGAACGAGCUCACCGUCGAAUACGCCAGCAUGUUCAGCAUCCACAUCCAGGGCGAAGGCGCUGACGUGCUGCCUCGCAACGAAGACAACUUUGUCGUCAAAGGCGUGCAGCUGGCGUUUGAGCGCGCUGGCAAACCAAUGCCAACGCUGGCGUUCUUCUGCAAGAAUGAGAUCCCCUUUGGCAGUGGACUCGGCAGCUCAAGUGCAGGCAUCAUCUCCGGCAUUCUCGCCGGCCUUGUCCUCUCUGGCCAGCAAGUCAAGGUGAAGGAUGGCGAAGAACUGCUGCAGAUGGCUGCAUCCAUUGAGGGACACGUGGACAACAUCGCGCCGUGCAUUUACGGCAACCUGCAGAUUGGGUUCCACACGGGCGAGCGCUGGCAGACGCAGGAGAUUGCUGUGCCGUCAUCGCUGCAGUGUGUUGUCCUCACACCAAACACGCCCAUGAACACCAAGGAAGCAAGGGCCAUGCUCAAGUCAGAGGUUCCACGAGACGAUGCCAUCUUCAACAUUGCCCGCACUGCACUCCUUGUCCGCGCAUUUCAAACCGGCGAUUUGGACUCUCUGCGCCACGCGACGGAGGACAAGCUUCACCAGCCGGUUCGCGGUUCAGACAAAGUGCUGCCAGCCCUCUUCCCAGUCAUCAAGGCAGCACUGGACGCUGGUGCAAAAGGCGCGUUUCUGUCUGGUGCUGGGUCGUCCAUCCUGGCCAUCACGACGGGCGCCCGCGGCGAAGUGGCGGUGCAGGACGCGAGCGAGCGGUUCGACGCUGCUGUUGCCGCAGCAAUGACCGCUGCUGCCGAAGCCUGCGGGGUGCAAGGCCGCAUCACCAUCACCCGGCCAACACCGCUCGGUGCGCAUGUUGUGGCGAUUCGGGAGACCAUCGCGCCCUCGUUGUCGUUCAAGUCCACGGGUCCACGAUACGUCAGCACGCGCCGCAGUGACGAGAAUGCGUCUGUGUCGUUUGAGGAAGCGGUGAUGCACGGGCUUGCACACGAUGGCGGCCUCUACGUCCCCAGAGAGGUUCCAACCGUGUCCAUCGACAUGCUGAAGGAGUGGAGCACGCUCAGCUUUCCCGAUUUGGCAGCUGCGGUCAUGCGGCUGUACAUUGGCGUGGAUGAAAUCUCCGACGCGGCUCUCUCGGAGCUGGUCCACCGGUCCUACUCGCGCUUCACAUCUUCGCACGUCACCCCACUCGUGAAGCUCACGCCUGGCACGACGGCCGAGCACGCGCCACCGACGUAUGUGCUUGAGCAGUUCCAUGGGCCCACGUGCGCCUUCAAGGACGUCGCGCUGCAGUUUGUGGGCAAUCUGUUUGAGUUCUUUCUCGCCCGCAAGAACCAGCACUUGCCCGAGGAAGAUCGCCAUGCCAUCACAGUGCUUGGCGCAACCUCCGGUGACACGGGUUCGGCUGCCAUCGAAGGCCUGCGAGGAAAGGAGAACGUGGAAGUGUUCAUCUUGCACCCGCACAAGCGUGUUGCUCCCAUUCAGGAGGCGCAGAUGACAACCAUCCUGGAUGCAAAUGUGCACAACGUCGCUGUUGAUGGCGCGUUUGAUGACUGCCAGUCCAUGGUCAAGACACUGUUCCAAGACGAGGAGUUCCGUGAGAAACACCACCUCGCAGCUGUCAACAGCAUCAACUGGGCACGCAUCCUCGCUCAGAUUGUGUACUACUUUUACAUGUACUUCCGCUGGGUGGAGCAAGAGCACACGGCCAUUGGCACUACGCUCAACGUCGUCGUGCCCACAGGAAACUUUGGCAACAUCCUCGCAGGCUUCUACGCAAAGCGGAUGGGACUGCCACUUGGCAAGCUCGUUGUUGCGACCAACAGGAACGAUAUCCUGUACCGCUUUCUCCGCCACCGCGACUACACCGCCCGCCCCGUCGAGCCGUCACUUGCCCCGGCAAUGGACAUUGUUGUUCCAAGCAACUUUGAGCGCUUCCUCUACUUCCUUAUGGACAACAAUCCUCACAAAACGAAAGCGCUGAUGAAACGCAUCAAGUCCAGUGGAACGCUUGAUUUGGGCAAGAACAAGGAUGAGUUGUACAAGAUUGUUGACUCCUUUUUUGAUGCCGGCCGUGCUUCCGACGAAGACAUCAAGGCUGCCAUCUGGCGUUAUCGCAAGCUUUACAACUACCUUCCCUGUCCACACACGGCCACAGCCCUCCACACAAUGCAGCUUGUGCGCGGUGACGGGGAGGAUCUGGCCGGCGUUCCUGCGUCCCAUUUUGUGUGCUUGGCCACAGCGCAUCCGGGCAAGUUCCGCGAGACGGACGCGCCAACAGAUGUGCCGCCACCACUGCCACCUCAGCUCAAGGGGCUGCACCUGAAACCGAAGCGGUGCGCACACAUCGGCAACGACCUGACCGAACUCAAGGACUUCAUGGACACCACGCUUGCCGAGCGCGAGCAAGCCAAGGAUGUUGCUGGCACGUCUUCGUGCAUGUGGUGCGCUCAGAUGUGCUGUGGACGCUGGGAUUUGGUUGCUGCGGCUGGCGUUGGCGCUGCGGUUGCCAUUGCAAGCCUGCACCUCCUCAACAGGCGCACGUGAUGUUGGCUGUGUCCAACUGUGCUUGGCUUUGUUGCCGUGCGUGAUGCGACUUUGAUUCAUCGCAUGCAGUUCACAGCAUCACUGUUACUCUCCUGUGUGCGUGUGCGUGUGCGUGUGUGUGUGUGCGUGUGCGUGUGCGCAUGUGCGUGUGUAUGCAUGUGUAUGCAUGUGUGUGUGUGCGUUGUGCAACAACAACAACCAACAACAACAACAACUGCAACAACUACAACAACAACAACAAAAAAAAAAAC